CCCGCCUGGAAAACGGCGACGAGCAGGCUACCACAUUUACGGUGACUCCCGGUGGCCCAUAAUUGCACACACAGACCAGGCCUCUAGCCACUCCAUGGGAGCCUGCGUGCCAGCAGCCUGGAACCCAGAGCCGUUUCUGGAGCCUGCACAAUCCAGACUGAAGCCGAUGUGUUACACAGAGACCGAAGUGCAAUCCAUCCAGGACACAGCUGAAUUUUGAGAGGCCUGAAUGCCUCUGCGUCUACCAGGGGACCUCUGGGACUAAUUCUCCUGGCAAACUUGUGGCCAGCCAAAACUACCAUGCUUCACAUCCCCGUUAUCCUUGGUUACCGCCCAAGAUUGGCUUACAGAAGAGAUGAAAUGUGGUCUGAGGGACGACAUGACUAUGACAGGCUUCCAAGAGAACGGGCACCCCCUCGAAAUCACCCCAGUGAUGGCUACCAUAGAGUAGUUAAUAUUGUGCCAAAGAAACCACCACUGCUAGACAGACCUGGUGAAGGAAGCUACAAUAGAUAUUACAGUCAUGUUGAUUACCGAGACUAUGACGAGGGCCGCAGUUUUUCUCAUGAUCGAAGAAGUGGUCCACCUCACAGAGGAGAUGACUCUGGCUAUAAGUGGGCAAGAGAUGAUCAUUCUGGAAGCCGUCAGCCUGAAUACAGGGACGUGAGAGAUGGCUUCAGAAGAAAAAGUGUCUACACUUCCCAUUAUGCCAGAGAUCGGUCUCCUCAUAAAAGAGAAACUCCUUUUUUCAGAGACUCAUCUGUAGGCAGAAAGGAUUCUCCACACAGCAGAUCUGGCUCCAGUGUCAGUAGUAGAAGCUACUCUCCAGAAAGAAGCAAAACUUACUCUUUCCAUCAGUCUCAACAUAGAAAACCUGUGCGUGCUGAUGCCUCCUACAAACGGCAGAAUGAAGGAAAGCCAGAAAGAGGUAAAGAGAGACCUGUUCAGUCUUUGAAAACAUCACGAGACACUUCACCCUCAAGUUCUUCAACAGUUCCUUCAUCAAAGGUGUUAGACAAAUCCAAGUUCCUAAAUGAAAAGGAACAUGCUGAAGCUGCAAGCAAGUGGGCUGCUGAAAAGCUAGAGAAGGCAGAUGAAAGUAACUUACCUGAAAUUUCUGAGUAUGAGGCGGGACCCACAGCACCACUGUUCAUUGACCAGGCAGAGGAACCUGAGUCAAAUACAGCAGACGGCAUAGAAUUAUUUGAAGACAGUCAGCUAAACAGUCGCUCUAAAGCAAUAGCAUCAAAAACCAAAGAGAUUGAACAGGUUUACCGGCAAGACUGCGAGACUUUCGGGAUGGUUGUGAAAAUGCUGAUUGAAAAAGAUCCUUCAUUAGAAAAGUCCAUACAGUUUGCAUUGAGACAGAAUUUACAUGAAAUAGGUGAGCGGUGUGUUGAAGAACUCAAGCAUUUCAUUGCAGAGUAUGACACCUCUAGUCAAGACUUUGGAGAGCCGUUUUAGAAAUUUACUUGCUCAGGCAAAAAAAUGUUUCUAGGGUUUUUUUUCCUGGAUUGUGCAAAUCCUUAAUAUAUGGAUUUUUGUAUGGAGAGAGGUACCUUAUGAUAGUUGACCACCUUUCCAAUAUCAAAUAAACAUGUAAAAGAAUCUUAAGAUAUUUUAAUUAGAAUUUUUUUUAACCAGUAGAGCCUCCUAAUCCAUACUGUGUGUCGUCCGUCCCCCCCCCCCCCCGGCCCCCCUUCUAAAAUGAUGGGUGAAGUAAUGUUUCAAGUCUGGAGAACAGCUUUCUGUACUCACUGAUGUUCUGUAGUCUUCCGUAGUACGUGAUCAUUCGUUUGGUCACACUAGUGUAAUUUUUAGAGAUGGUUCCAUUUAAACAUUUAGUUUUUUGCUUUUCAUAGUCAGUGAUACCUUGUGAAAAUGUUAGAAUUCUAAGUUGUGAUUUUAUUGACUUCUUGCUUGCUUAUCUUAGGCCUUGUAACUUUUAAUAUGUUUAAGAAUAAGAUCCAAAGAAACUGAAUACCUUGGUAUCUUAGAGAAUAUUUGCUUUGAGUGUAAAUUUUCAUUGUGGUAACUAGAGCACUUAGAUCUCUUACGAGACACCUCACAAUAAAAUCUUUUCCAAGUAAAUGAACCUAAAUUAAUCUCUUCUAUUAAACUAAUCCUAAAACUCUUGUGUGAGCCUUAAACAACAUCAUAUAUAGGUAAUUUGAAAUGAAAGAUGAGGGCUAUUUUAAAGCUGAGAUUUCUUUUAAAAUUUCUGAUUGAAAGAAAAAUUUAGAAUGUGAGGGAGUAGUAGAGCUUCAUUUUUUCAUUGGCCCAAAUUCACCAUCUCAGGAAGAAUGACUGAUAACAUAUCCCUGAUUAAACCAUUUGCAAAUUAUGACUUUGUUAGCUUCUUUGUAGUCUAACAACUUCAUUGUUUUGCUGCCCUUUUAAGGGGUUUUUAGUCCUUCAAAAUUGUUCUUGGAAGCAACAAAGCAGAGGAGGUAGUAAGCCUAGCACAACUACUUUUCACCAAGGAGUCUAUUGUAAACAACCCUUCAUGAGUGAGCCAUCCAAAUGACAGGUUAGUUAAGACUCUAACUGGGACGAUUAGGAUAUUCCAUUCAUUUCCUGAUGACUUCCAGCUGCCCAGUGGCAUUUAGCCAAAAUAUGUAAUUUUGUGGCAUGAGUUAGGAAACCUUAAAAAUCGUGUUUGUUAUUACUGUCCAAUAUCACUAUCCUCCCAUCCUCUUUCCUUUUCCACUCUCUCCUCACUUGAAUUCUGGCAUCAUUUUUUGCUGGCCUUUAUUGAUAGUAUCUUAACAGCUACCCCAGAGUAGAUAAAAAUUUUAUUAAAUGUGGAAAUAGCAGUAUAAAUAAUUUUAGCAGAUCUUUAAUAGGUACCUCAAAACAUGUAUUAUGCCAUUCCACAAAUUUAAAAUUGAAUUGAAGGUAACAAUUUUAAUUUCCUAUAUAGGACCACCUUGAUUUUUUUUCCCCAUUUAGAUAUUUUACAUAAGCCCAAACUCAACCCCAUGUAUCAUCUCUGUUAUUGUUUCCUAAUGUGAAAAAUGGUUUUGUUUGUUACAACCACUUUAGGGAGACUGAAAGUGCUGAUUUUGUUUCUCCCCUGCCCCUGUGUUUUCCUUCUCCUUAAAUGUUCUAAUUCCAGGAUUCUUCUCUUUAGUCAAGGUGUCACGGUUUAAAUAUAAAACGAGAAAAUACCAUGGAGGCAAAGAGUUGUUCACUUUUUUUGAAAUUCAUUAUAGAACUUUAACUCACAGAUACAUUUAAUAUAGGUUCAAAAGAUCAUUUUUUCUUCACCCCUUCCCCCAAAUUACAUUCAGCAUUUAAAGCUGUUUAUAACUUGCCAUCAGCAUUAUAUUCUUGUAGGUUUGUCAGUGUUAAAACUGUGUUUUUUUUUAAGCUUUAAAAUCUAAUUUUAGGAUAGAUUAAUUCAGAUGUGUACCAGAGUGUGUAUUUUGCAAAACGUUCUUUAU